AUGAAUUGUACGAAUUUUCAUAUAUAUUCGUCUGAGAAAGGGAUUUGGACUUCCAAGAAGCUUCACUGCCCUUGUUACAUCCCUUACCAGCAUCCCAUGAGUCUGAAUGGCACGCUUUAUGUUUUAUCCCAAAUAGAUUUUGAGCUUCCUGAUCCUGGAGUACUCUUGGCUCAUGAUUUCUAUUCUGAAUCCGAUGAGUUCUUGGUUAUACCUCUCCCAGAUCAUUCGGAUCAAAAGUACAAAAGAGCCUUUUCUACAUCCGGAGGGUUUGUCAUGUACAUCAAAACAUUAGGGCAAGAGGUAGGCGAUGUUUUGAAGGUAUGGAGGUUGAAAAACAAUGAAGAAUGUUGGCAACAUUUGUGGGAAAUCCGCCUCACAUUUAUCCCAUGGUCUGAUAUCGGUUAUUAUGCACCUAUGGCAAUGCAUCCACUGGAUAGCAAUAUUGUCUAUGUAUGGAGUCUGACAAACCGUUACUUGGUGGCAUGUAACUUGCGGACACAAACCUCAUCAAAGUGCUAUGGUAAUGAUGAUCAUCAAGAUUGUUUUGUGAACAACUCUUUUAUUGGGGAGUAUAUGGAUCUUAUUCAUGGAUCAAUUUGGGGUUAUGGAGCGGCAGUCACCUUAUUCCAAUUCGUUCUCCCAACGUGGAUGGAAUCAGUACCUUGUCCUCCCAAAACUGAGAUGAUAGAUACAACCUCACUAUACUCUCACACUGCUACAAUACGUAAGCGAAAGAGGGAUAAUGGCGAAUAG